AUGGCAGAGCCAGUUAUAGAAGCCUCGUUGGAUCCGCGACUCCCGCGAGUCACAAUUCAGUUCUGCACCCAGUGCAAAUGGAUGCUCCGGGCAGCUUAUUACGCCCAAGAGCUCCUCUCCACUUUCUCCCUCUCCCUCGGAGAAGUCUCCCUGCAGCCCGCCACAGGCGGUAUCUUUCUCGUGGAAAUCACCACCUCUUCCUCCUCCUCCUCUCAAACAAAUCCCACAGCCACAGCCGCAGCCCCAGCAACAACAACAACCUCCCCCCCAACCUCCCCCCCAGCCCCAACUUCAACGUCACCACCAGCUGCUAAACAAGAAACCCCGACCACCCCCCACCUCCAAAAAAAAAUCCUCUGGGAUCGUAAAAUAGACGGCGGGUUCCCUGAGACGAAAGAGUUGAAACGGCGCGUGCGUGAUGUAAUUCAGCCGGGGAGGGAUUUGGGGCAUGUGGAUCGGGAUUAUGCGAAGGGACAUGUGAGAGGGAAGUCGAGUGUUGAGGAGGGGGUUACGACGAAGGGUGAGGUUAAGGGGGUAGAGGGCGAGGGGAAAGAGGGAAAAAAGCAGGAGGGUGGGAGUGGGAGUACUCAGGUGGAGAGGGAGAAAGGGAAGGGCUGUGGUGUUGAGAAGUGUGAGGAUUGUGAGUGA